AUGGAAUCUGGUCUCUUUGAAGAGAGAAUUGGACAUUACAAAUUAGAUGUGCGAAUGUUAUUACCCGAUAUUCAGAGCGCAUUCGACGCUCAAAGGAUCAUUAAGUAUACGAGCCCAAAGGUCGAUGCAUUUACCUGGGACUCCUAUCACAGUCUUGAGGAUAUCUAUCAGUGGAUCUCCGACUUGGCCCUGAAAUUCCCCCACUGGGUCGAAGUGCACAGCAUCGGCAGAUCGUUUGAGGGGAGGGACAUUUAUGCGGUGUUCAUAAAAAAGGCCAAGAGCAAAUAUAACGUGAUAAUAGACGCUGGUAUUCACGGAAACGAGUGGAUUUCGACCGCGUUCGUCACGUACUUGAUUAAGCAGCUGGUUUACGCUCAAGACACUGGGGACAACAGACUCAACGAAUUAGCUAACAAGUAUCAGUGGUUUCUGAUACCGGUCGUCAAUCCCGAUGGUUUCGACUACAGCAUUAAAACCGACCGCUUAUGGCGUAAAAAUCGGAGACCGCUUGAGACCGGUGAAGGGGUCGAUCUGAAUCGAAAUUUUCCUCACAGUUUUGGAAAAUAUGAUGCGAGUAACGACCCCAAAGACGAUAACUACUGCGGACCAGAACCUUUCUCCGAACCGGAAUCUAAAGCCUUGUCGGAUUUCAUACUGGCGAAGCGGGAUCGUCUAAAGUUCUACAUUUCUUUCCACGCAUACGGCCAGAAGAUCAUUACACCGUAUGACGAUAGAGUGCAGCACAGUUUUUCUCAAAAGAAGUAUUUCAACUACACCCUGUACAGAGCUCAGCCAGUGAAUAAUAAACAGCUUAAGUUCUUCAAAGAGCUAUCAUCGGUGUAUGAUGUGAACUUCUGGAAAGAACCAGGUCAGGUGAACAAAACUGUAGAGUUUGUCAUAUCGCCAGAAGGUAGGUCACAGUUAACGAAAGACGCAGAACGUUUGGGUGUACACUUGAUCAGAAUCAUGGAAGACAUACAGAAGGCUUUUGAUCAACAGACCGUCAAGAGUUAUGUCAGAAGAAAUAUGGAGGAGUUUGACUGGCGUAGUUAUUUUAAAGGCGCUGAUAUUCACCGGUGGUUAAACGAUCUCGCUAAUGAAUAUCCCCAAGAGGUGUACUUGGAGAGCAUCGGGAAAAGCCAUAAUAAUCGUGACAUAAUAGCUGUGAGAAUCCUUUUAGGAGGAAGUGCAGAAAGGCCAAGAGUGGUAAUUGAAGGUGGAAUACACGCAAGAGAGUGGAUUUCCCCAGCGUUUGUGACAUACAUGAUUCAUCAAAUUUUGAAAGCUCCCUCAUCUGAAAAUAAGGCCUUGAAAGAAAUCGCGGUUGCUUACGAGUGGUAUUUCGUACCACUGUUGAAUCCCGAUGGAUACGAAAUUACUCAUAACACGGAUCGACUGUGGCGGAAGAACAGCCGGGGCGUCGAUCUGAAUAGGAAUUUCGAUGUCGCCUUCGGAAAGGUUGGCGUCAGCUUUCACAAGUGGUCAGAGACGUACUGCGGGGAGGCCGCGUUCUCGGAGCGCGAGAGCCUAGCCAUGGCUACAUUUGUUCAGUCCAAGAAAGACGGCCUAGCGUAUUACUUUGCAUUCCACUCGUACGGCCAAUACAUGAUCAUCCCGUACACCCAUUCGAAGGAGCAUGCCGAGAACUACAACGAAGUGUAUUCCAUGUGUAAGAAAGCUUCGCUCCGAAUAUCUGAAAAAUACGGCACUAGUUAUACAUAUGGAACGGCAUAUGAUACCGUAGGUUACUUAACAUCCGGCGUAAGCGGUUGUUGGGUGAAGAAGGAGCUUCACGUUCCGUACGUGAUCACUUUCGAGCUUCGCGAUGAAGGACAUUACGGAUUUGCGCUGCCUCCUAAGGACAUCUUGCCGACGUGCGAGGAAACAAUGGACGGUGUUUUGUUCCUGCUAGCAAGGAAUAACACUGCGGUGAAACCGAAAUAUAUAUCCAAAAGUGGACCGGCCAGCACAAUUUUCAGUGGAUUUAUUACCUUGUGCAAUUUUGUGCUGUUCCUUCUAGUUCGAUAUGGU